ACCGCCAUUUUCUUUGUUUACACUGUGGAAUAUAUAGCUAUUUAAAGAUAGCUUGUUAUCUACUGAUUAAUCUCAUCAAUGAUGUUCGACUCUUGUAAGUUGUAAUAUUUUCGAUUAAAUUGCAUGAAGUUUGUUUCUGUUGAUUAUCCCUUGUAAUGUUUGCUUAAUGAAGCACUAUUAUAUGUAAAGUUUCUGUUUAUAAAAAUAACGUGCUGCCGAUGUGCUCACCUGAAGUCAUCCUCCGGAUGUAUAAGGUGAUAUGUAUAAGAUGACCAGAGGUAACCAAAAUCCAUUUCGCUACUUUAUUAUUUUUCUUUCCUUUUUGACACUGUCAUUACAAUGUCUAUUAACAUAGUUUAAUCAUUAACAUUAAGGGAAACUCAUAUUCAUAUAGUAGAUGCCAACAAUAAUAAGGAGUUUUAUCCUGUAAGAACUGAUCUUAGCUUACUUUCACUUUCAACCGGAAAUAAUGCAUUAUUUUUUGUCGCGUAAAGACUUGUUUUUAACCGUUUCUGUUAGUGUUUCCUUUCAGCGUAACUAUUAUCCUUGUGCCAGUAUCACUUCCGUUGUUAAAUUGAUACAGAACUUGUUGUCAGUUCUCAGUAAUUUCACCAUGACGAACUGGAAAGAAAAGAUCAUAGUAAUCACAGGUGCUAGUUCAGGCAUUGGUGAAGGAACAGCACUGCACUUCGCCAAAUUAGGGGCUAAACUGUUUAUUACUGGCAGAAAUGGAGAUAAUUUACAAAAGACAAAAGACCAAUGUGUGCAGUUAGGGUUACCUAGUGAUAAUAUUGGGUCGGUUGUAGGAGAUAUUACCGAUAAAGCUGACCAGUCAAGAAUAUUAUCUGGUGCUAUAGAGAAAUACGGAAAGAUAGAUGUACUCGUUAAUAAUGCAGGAAUGGUGCACUUCUUGAAAAUCGAAGAUACAUCAGAUAAAGAGUAUGAUGAAAUGUUUGACACCAAUGUUAAGGCACAAUUCAUGCUAACAAAAGCCGCUAUGGAAUAUCUAAAACAAACAAAAGGAAAUAUUGUAUUUGUUUCAAGUAUUUGUGGCAGUAGACCGAUGGGAGAGCUGCCUGUAUAUUGUAUGAGUAAAGCGGCUAUUGAUAUGUUUACACAAUGUCUUGCUUUAGAAUUGGCUCCAUUUGGUGUAAGAGUAAACACCGUUAGUCCAGGUGCAAUAGUUUCAAAGAUAACUAGACGUGUAGAAAGCGGAUAUCAGUCUGAUGAAGACUAUCAAAAGUUUUUAGUUGCAGAAGCAGCAAGACACCCACUUGGAAGAGUAGGCGUGCCACAGGAUGUGGCAUCAUCAAUUUCUUUCUUAGCUUCCGACGAAGCUUCAUUUAUUUCUGGUCAGAUUUUAUAUGUCGAUGGUGCACGACAUUGCGUAACCGGUGGAAUAACAACAAGUGUUAAAUGAUACAUGUAAUUGUGUAUUUUAUGGAAUAAUUUAUACCAUUAAACCUGAAGCAAAUUAUAAAUAUUAAAGAGCAAAAGUAUU